AUGGAUGAAGUCUCCACCUGGGCGACUUCAACCCUGGAUCAAGUGAACUUCCUGCCCCUGAACCAUGAGCACUCAUUCGGCUUUCUUGAUUCCACAGAUGUCCUUCGGGGUUGUCACGUCAUUCCUCGUUUUGCCAGAGGCAAGAGACAUGCUGAUGGAUUGGGUGUGUCAGCAUGUGCGGGAGACAAAGAUGACUGGUGCGAAUACUAUGUCAAUCGGUUCAUUGACUGCGAUAUGCUUAUGCGCUUUCACUUCAGGCUUGGCAUCGGACAUGCAUCGUUUAACUGUGAUGUGGAAGACCUCACAGACGACGUAGAAGUAGAUGAAGAUGAAGGUGACGAUGAAAGUGAUGAUACUGAUGAUGGGUUAGACAUUGAGCAGCCAUUCAGUUCUAACAAAUCAUUACCAGAUCAAUUCAAUGAGAUGUAUGAUGGCGAAGUAGAUCUAGACUACGAAAACUAG